AAACAGUAUGUAACUGAUCUCUGAACGAAACGUAUCAACUCUCUUAGGUUCGUGCGUUCCUUUCGAAUGAAUAAAUUCUCUUUUAUUCUUUGCGAUUAUUAGAAUAGUGCAAAUAUGAAUCGAAUGCUGCCGCAAACAUUUCUGCUUUUAUUAAAUUUAUUUGUGUCCAUAGGACAAUCCGAGCUUCGUUUAGAAUUGGUUCAAGUGAUAAUGAGACAUGGAGAACGGACGCCAUUAUUUAAAGAAUUGUAUCCCAAGGAUCCAUACAAUGUGUCAAUUUAUGAGCCAUGGGGACUUUCCCAAUUAACUAAUCAAGGAAAACUGACGGAAUAUCGUAUUGGCAUAAUGUUGAGACAACGUUACGAUAACUUUUUGGGGUCAAUCUAUUACUCACGAGAUAUCUACGCUGUCAGCACGGAUUAUGAUCGUACAAAAAUGUCUUUGCAAUUGAUGUUGGCAGGAUUAUAUCCUCCAGAUACGUCACAAUUGUGGAAUCCGAAUUUACCGUGGCUCGCCAUUCCUACACAUUAUGUACCUAAAAGAGUAGAUAUAUUACUUAAACCUCACUAUUGUCCAGUAUACAAGAAAGCUUUAGCGAAAGUAUGGAAAACGAAAGAAGUCCAUGAUAAACUCGCAGCUUACGAGGAUCUUUUCAAAUUUUUGAAUGAAAAGACUGGAGUAAUUUUCGAAGAAAUGUUAUCUAUCUAUGGUAUAUUAACAGUACAGAAAAUCAUGAAUUUAACUCUGCCAGAAUGGUGUACUGAUGAUGUGUAUUCGCAAAUACAAAGUAUGGUCGAGCUGGAGUACGAAAUCUUUUCGUACACAACCCAGUUGAAGCGAUUGAAUGGUGGUAUGUUGAUCAAGAAGUUCAUUGACAACAUAAAUGGAAGUAAUAAAGGUUUAAAUCCGCGCAAGAUGUACGUGUAUAGUGCCCAUGAUAUGAACAUCGCGGCGUUUGCUAAAGCUCAGAAUAUUAGCGAGCCGAAAAUACCGGAUUAUGGAUCGACAUUCCUAUUCGAGAAACUGCGAGACAAUACCGGCAAAGUCUUUAUCAGAAUUUUUCUGUGGACAGGUACCACAGAAAAAUUAAUGUCCAUCAAAUUGACAGAUUGCGACGAAAUUUGCCCUCUGGAAACUUAUUUAGAACUCAUGCGAGAUGUAAUACCUUCGGAUGAAGAGACAACUUGCUUGUGGGACAAUCUAACCAGAGAAGAACAGUUAGCACUUUUUAAUGAAGAGCUACGUGUAAUAUAACAAAAUUUUGUAAAACUGAAUAAAAUAGAUAUUCUAUAUAUUUUCAUACAUAAAUAAAGCUUACGUAAAUAAAAGCUUAGAAGGUAAUUGAAAGGAAUAGAAAUAUGAAUGAAUGUAUCAAAUUAUUAAUUAAAAAUUAUAUAU